ACAACAGAAAACUUUCUGUGUACAAUUAUUUAUUCUAAUUCAACAGCAACAGGUUGUUAUUGUGAUUUUUAUACACAUCAGUUAUCAGUUUUAUAGGAAGGUGUUGUUCGAUAAGCUCUAGGUGUGACAUAUCCGAAAAAAGUGUAAAUGUGCAAUCUCCGUGUCAGUGCUUAUCUCGUACUACAUUUUUGACGGCUCCCAGCAAACUUUUUACGUCUCCAACUGAUUAUAUGAAUGUUGAGUGUAUUUAAAAAACAAUAUGGGGGUCGUACUGCCUCCUUUAGAAUUUACUGAAUGUUUGAGUGACAGUCCGCAUUUCAGGGAAAAUUUACAUAAGCAUGAACGGGAGCUGGAAAAGACCAAUCAACAUAUCAAGAGGAUUAUCAAAGAAGUUAAAGACCUUUUGACUGCAGCUAAACAGUUGGGUCGUGCUCAACGAUCUUUUGCAGAAUGUCUCAAGAGUUUUACAUUCGAGUGCGUGGGAGGGACACAAACCGAUGACGAGCAAGUCAUUUGUGCCUCAUUAAGUAAUUUCGCUGACUUAAUUAACCAGAUUGAAGAUGAGAGGGACAGGAUGUUGGAGAACGCCAAUUGCAGCGUCGUCAAACCGCUGGAGGACUUCAGAAAAAAGUACAUUGGAGGCGCCAAGAACGAGAAGAAGAAAUUCGAGAAACAGACCGCCAAGUUCUGCCAAAACCAAGAGAGGUACUUGAACUUGACGACAAAAAAGACGAAUUCGCUGCAAGAGGCUGAUGCAUCUGUGGACAUGGCUGAACGUCAUUUUUAUGCUGCUAGCAUGGAUUAUGUCUACUUAAUACAAGAAGUGCACGAGAGGAAAAAAUUUGAAUUUGUAGAAACGCUAUUGACUUUUAUUUACUCUUGGUUUACCUUCUAUCAUCAGGGCUAUGAAUUAAAAAAAGACUGUGAUCCGUACUGGAAAGACUUGCAAGCUAAGAUCCAAAAAACGCGCAACAAUUUUGAUGGUUUUAGUCAACAAUUAAAGAAACGUAUGUCCGAAGUACAGAAACAAGAUGAACCCAUAAGGAAUGCCAAAGGAUGUCGAGAAGGAUAUCUAUUUUUAUUAGAAAAAAAAGCCUUUGGUACCACAUGGACAAAGCAUUACUGUAGUUAUGACAAAGAAACCAAAGUAUUCAGCAUGCUUCCUUAUAAUCAGCUGACCACAAAAACGCUUUCACCGCCAGACAAAAUGGUCAUAUCGUCAUGCGUAAGACGGAUGUCAGAUUCCAUUGAAAAACGAUUUUGUUUUGACUUGGUAUCUGACGAAAAACCCGGCGUCACGUUUACAUUUCAAGCACUAUCAGAUCAGGAUAGGAAAGCAUGGAUGGAUAUAAUGGAUGGCAAGGAACCUACGUACACUAUACCUAAUAAUGUUAGUAAGAAUAACGUAGAAGAAAGGAUUCUUGACGAUAAUGGCAUUCAGUUUGUAAAAAAAUGUAUAGAUAUGCUGGAAAGUCGAGGAUUAGAAGAACAAGGCCUCUAUAGGGUCGUGGGAGUAAGUUCUAAAGUGACGAAACUAUUGAAUAUGGGCCUGGACCGAAGAAAAAACGACAAAUUGUUACUGGACGAUCCCGUUGAAUGGGAAACCAAAACAAUUACUAGUUCUUUAAAGAUGUAUCUACGAAACCUACCAGAACCCCUUAUGACUUUUCGAUAUCACAAUGGAUUUAUAGCAGCAGUCAAAAAUGAAUCAAAACAAAACCGUAUAAGAGAUGUCCAUACAUUAUUGUACAGAUUGCCAAAAAUUAAUUUUGAGGUUUUAAAAAUGCUCAUGAAACAUUUAACAAAUGUCGUGGCAAAAUGUGAUAAAAAUCUUAUGAACGUUAGCAAUUUGGGCGUAUGUUUCGGCCCGACUCUCCUUCGGCCCGAAGAAGAAACGGUGGCCUCGAUACUCGAUCUCAAAUUUUACAAUAUCGUAGUAGAAAUACUGAUUGAAAAUUACCAAAGAUUAUUCUUCAACGAGCCAGGUAGCGUGCCGCCUCACGUCCAGCCAGUCAGCAGCAAUAACAGUCAGAGCAUCUAUGGACCGCCUAAUAACCAUUUGCCUACGUACAUGAGCACCGAGGAAGGACUCAACAGCAGGACGUACAUGGAACCGAGUAAAGUGCUUGCUAGUUAUAGAGAGAGGGACUUUCCUCAGCAAUAUACUUGCACCGUCUCAACGCACGUGGAGCCCCGAAUAUCUUCAAGCAUGUACAGCGUAAACGAAUCAACAAACGGUUCCUUUGAUUUGUCCAGAAGCGAACACAUAUCACCCCGAGCAGCCCUUAAUCACCAACACAAGUUCAAGCAAAUGAUACCGAGUAUCGUGUCACAGUCUGAAACGAAUCUACCGGUUCUGCACAAUUACAGCCCUCCAAAUUUUAGGCCUUACAGCAAUAGGUUAGAAACUAAUAGUACCAGUAGUUCAAAUGAAUCCCUAUCGUCAACGUCCAGAGACGGGAAUAACUUAAUUGGAAUGCUACCAAAGAAAUCCAAAAGGUCGUACUACAUGGGAUACCCAAAAAACUAUAAGUCUCCGGGAUAUGUGAAGCUGCACUCCCCCACUCUAGUUACUAACACAUCUUCUAGAAGAGGUAGUCCAACACCUAAUAGAGUAAGACGAGUCAGAACUCUAUAUGCCUGCUUGGGAGAACAGGAUGGUGAACUUUCGUUUGAACCCAACCAAAUAAUUACAAAUGUAAAAUCCUCACAAGAACCCGGCUGGUUAGAAGGCACUUUGAACGGCAAAACGGGACUGAUACCGGAAAACUACGUCGAGGUGCUUCCUUGACAGGUUGGUUCGCUGGCGAAACUAUCCACGUCCCUGUGCCGAGGAAUAUGUAAAGUACUUCAACCAGAAAUAGCCCAAACCGUUCGAUUGAAUCAGCAAAGACAAAGUUUAGAUAGUACAAGGACUCUGGUGAAACAAUCCAGUUCAGCGAUGACGAGGAAAGGUUCUACGUAAUCGAUCAUGACUAGGUUUACUCAUUUUUGUCACGUUUAAGAGUACAAAGGUAAUAAUCAUACUUCUUAAUAAACAUAUCUGUUUUUCCAUGA